UCCAAGGAGAUUGGUGGCCCUUUUCACAGAGGUGCUGGGUGUUGCGCCAACCGUGCCUCAAUGAAGGAUCUUCAUUCAACAGCUUUCUCUUCCCGUCACACCAGUCAAUGCGACUCCUGCAUUUUCCAGCACCAUUCUCUGCGCCGUCCAGACUUUAGCAAAGCCUUCAUUGGUGGGCAGAAAGGCUACCAGGCCUACCGGGACCUACCAUGGGAUCUUCAAAAAAUUCAUCAGUCAACCAUCAAAAUAAGACAUCUUGAGCCCUGGAAAAUUGCUGUAAUUGUUAUUGGAACAGCAGUGGCAGCAGCUAUCACCAUUGGUCUCCUGGUUUAUUUUCUGGCAUAUGAUCAGAAGCUGUUCUAUUACAGUGCCAAUGUAAAAAUCACCAACAUCCGAUACAAUAAUGAAUUUUCCAGACAAUCCUCAGGAAGGUUUAGAGACCUGAGCGAGAGGGUUGAGAGACUGAUCGACAAGACAUUUUACAAUUCCAUUUUAAGGAAAAAAUACAUCCGUUCACGCUUAAUCAGAGUGAGCCCAGAUGCUGAUGGUGUGAUGGCAGAGGCUUUGCUCACAUUCUGGUUCUCCUCUACGGAUUCUAGAGAAGCACUGCGGGAAAGAGUUGGAAGGAUCUUACGGAGGGGCCUGAAAAAAUACACAGGGCCUCUGCGAAUAAAUGUUCGAUCUUCUACCAUCUCAAAUGUGGAGCCAGCAAGAGCAGAAGCCAUCUUCAAUGACAUCUGUGGGUUACGGCAGAAUAGAUCAGUCAAGUCAAUGGCAAAAUCCUCCUCACUACGAAUCGUUGGCGGAUUGUCUUCUGCAGAGACGGGGGAUUGGCCGUGGCAGGCCAGUCUGCAGUACAACAACAUCCAUCGCUGUGGUGCAACACUCAUCAGCAACACAUGGCUGGUGUCUGCAGCUCACUGCUUCAGAGACAUGACUCACCCUCAGAAGUGGACUGCUACUUUUGGAGCUCUUUUGAAGCCACCAAGCUUGAAGAGAUCAGUCAAGACAAUUAUUAUCCAUGAGAAGUACCUCUACCCAGAACAUGACUAUGACAUUGCACUUGUGCAGCUCUCCAAACGAGUUGAGUUCACGAGCAGCAUACACCGGGUCUGUCUGCCAGAGCCAUCCCAGACUUUUCCCUACAAUAUUUACGCUGUCAUCACAGGCUGGGGAGCUCUCACCAAUGAUGGUCCAGCCCCAAAUGCUCUUCAGGAGGCAACAGUGAAACUUAUUGACUCAGACACUUGCAACAGAGAAGAAGUAUAUGACGGGGACAUAACACCCAGGAUGUUGUGUGCGGGAUACUUGGAAGGAGGAGUAGAUGCUUGUCAGGGGGACUCUGGGGGACCACUGGUUACUCCAGACUCUAGACUGAUGUGGUACCUCGUGGGAAUAGUGAGCUGGGGAGAUGAAUGUGCCAAGCCAAAUAAACCUGGAGUUUACACACGAGUGACUUAUUUCCGUGACUGGAUUACCACAAAAACAGGCAUCUAA